CUGCACGGUGCACUCCCCGCCGCCCGACUCUCGGCUCUGGAAGUACUUUUCCAGCUUCCAUGGUAGGUGGGUGCCGGGAUGCGACACCCGCACGAGCAGCGGGGACGGCGGGCAGAGGUUCGAAGCCAUGGCUCUCCGCAUGGGGAAGACGCCGCGACUCGCGACGCAGCUGUGCCGGGCCCGGGCAAGGGUGAGUCGGGCCCCGCCGCCCUGGAGCGCAAAGUUUCAGUUUCGCUUUCCUGGAGAUCUCUUUCGGUUCCCGGCAGAGCCGCACCCGCUCCUCUCUUCGCUGCUCUCCCUGCCGCGGACUGCCGGAAGGAGGCCGCCACAUUUGAGAAACGCAAAACAGUAAACAUUGAAAGACCCCAGAGACCUGGAGGAUGGACUUUUCCAAGGGUGUUGGAGCAGCAGCUUACAAUGAGAAAUCAGAGAUUGAUAUUCUCAGAGAAGACUACAGUCGGCCAAUUUCCAUUAAUCACAAUGACUUCAAAAUUUUAAAAAAUAAUGAGAGUCGGCUGGGGGAAGUCCUCCAGAAUAAAUUUAGCUGUAUCUUUACCCUAGUCUCUCCAGCCCAGGAAGGUAACAGUGAGUCUCUACAAGUCUUCAGAAAAAUGCUGGUGCCCAGGCUAGAGUUAUCUGUCUGGAAGGAUGACCUCACCAGACAUGUUGUUGACGCUGUGGUGAAUGCAGCCAAUGAAGACCUCAUUCAUGGGGGAGGCCUGGCCCAGGCCCUUGUGAAAGCUGGUGGCCUUGAAAUCCAAGAGGAGAGCAGAAGAUGUGUUUCCUUAUAUGGCAAAAUUCCAACUGGUGACUUAGCUAUCACAGGAGCAGGGAAGCUUCCCUGCAAACUCAUUAUCCAUGCUGUUGGGCCUCGGUGGGGGUUAAUGGAUAGAGAGGAAUGUAUCGAUAAACUGCGAAGAGCCAUUAUAAAUAUUUUGAAUUUUGUCAGUAGUAAUGUGUACAUUGAGACAGUAGCGAUUCCAGCCCUGAGCUCUGGGAUUUUCCAGUUCCCUCUGGAUUUGUGUACACAGGUCAUUGUGGAAACUAUCAAGUGUUAUUUCCAACACAUGCAACUAGUCAGUAAUUUGAAAGAAAUUCACCUGGUAAGCAAUGAGGACCCUACUGUUGCUGCCUUUAAAACUGUUUCAGAAGUCAUCCUAGGGAAGAAUGAGCUGGGGUCCCGGGUGAGUCCAGAAGCCACCCACCUUUUCAAUACUAUGGUUGUGAACAACCUGACUCUCCAGAUUGUCCAGGGCCACAUUGAAACGCAGGAAACGAAUGUAAUUGUUAAUUCUGUAUAUCCACAUGGUGGUCUUAGAGCUACAUCUGUGUCAAAAUCAAUUCUACAAGCAGCAGGAGAUGAAAUAGAAAGGGAAUUUAGCCAAAAUAUGACUAAAACACCACUAGAUUCCCAGUUGGUACUGGUCACAAAAGGAUUUAAAUUGCCCUGCAAAUAUGUAUACCAUGUGUUGUGGCCUUCAGAAUAUUCUGAACAAAAACUGACAUUGGAAACUGCAAUGAAGAAAUGCUUGGAAAAAUGCCUUGAGCUGAAUAUAACUUCCAUUUCCUUUCCUGCCCUUGGGACUGGAAUCUCUGCAGCAGCAGAGAUUAUGUUUAAUGAAGUUUUAAUAUUUGCCAGACACCAUUUGCAACAAUUAACUGUAAAGUUUGUGAUCUUCCCAAAAGAACAGCAGUUAUAUAAGGUUUUCAGCACUGAAAUGGAAAAGAAUAAGUUGAAGCUGCAGGGUCUCAACAAUUACCCUGGUGUUCCCCAGGGGACCAGAGAGAAGAGAGGAAAUAGAUUUCCUGUCCUCAAUCUGAUGGGACCCGAUCAGGAAAAGAUAGAUGAGGCCCAAGCAUGGAUCCAGAGGAUACUGACCCUCCAGGACCACCACAUCAUUGAGGAUAUGCAUAUCCUCUACCUCGGGAAAAAGAAACAUGACUAUUUGUCUCAGCUUCAGAAAACCUCAUGGGUCUCUAUCUCAGAGAUUAUAAGCCCGGGAAGGGCACAUUUAGAGAUUAAAGGAGCCCAGGCUGACCUCAUUAAGGCAGUUAUGAACAUUGAACAUAUGCUGUGUGAAGUUCAAGAGGAAAUGGCAAGAAAAAAGGAGCGAGUCCUUUGGAGCUUGUCAGGGCAGCAGACUGAUCAGCAACCAGAAAACCAGAAUCAAAUGAAGGAAAAUGCAUUUUUGAAAUGCCUAAAUCUUUCAACUCGAGAAAUUCAGCAUCAAAAGAAACAGUUUGAAGACUGUGGUUUGGGGGUUAUAAAGGUGGAGAAGAUAGACAAUGCGCUUCUCAUGGCUGCCUUCCAAAGAAGGAAGAAAAUGAUGGAAGAGAGAGCCCAUGGGAAACCUGUGAGCCACAGGUUGUUUCAGCAAGUCCCACACCAGUUCUGCAAAAUGGUAUGCAGAGUCGGCUUUCACAGAAUGUACUCGGUGCCCUGCGACCCAAAAUAUGGAGCUGGAAUAUACCUCACCAAGAACCUCAAAAACAUAGCACACCAGAUCAAGAAAACGUCUGCCACAGAUAAGCUGAUCUAUGUGUUUGAGGCUGAAGUACUCACAGGCUCCUUCUGCAAGGGUCAUCAGUUAAACAUUGUUCCCCCACCAUUGCAUCCUGGAGCCAUAGAUUGCCACAACAGUGUGGUUGACAAUGUUUCCAGCCCUGAAACCUUUGUCAUUUUUAGUGACACACAGGCUGUGCCCCAGUAUUUGUGGACUUGCAUGCAAGAUCAUGUACAGGAUUACUCAGGACAAAUGAUGCUCUCUCCACAGCAGCCUUGGAGGAAACUCUCAAGUGGCAGCUCUGUUGAUUAACCUCCACAUCAUUUUAACAACAGGUAUGACCUUGCUUUGGAGGAACUAACCAAAUAAUGACCACCAGUGACUCAAAGAGUGGUUUGAAUAUGUCAAAUAAACUAUCAUCUUAGUGCCUUCAUCUUUGUCUUCCUCUCUUGGGGUUGGGAUGGGUAGAUAACAACUAAAACACUCUUAGGACCUCUCCCUCUCCUUCAAGUUGUCCUUUUAUCUUCUUUACCAUAGGUAAUAGCAAAAAUGUUUUACAUGUAAUGAAGAGAUUUUCCAGUAUAUAAUC